CCCGUCGUUCUCGCGGAGGAAGGGAAGUGUGUAUGUGUGUGUGUGGUGGAAGUGCUGGCACGCUGCUCUGUCACUGUUCACGCGAGGCGUGGAGUCGUCAGGUGACGGUGCGUGGCGUCAGCCAUCUUGUGUUGUUGGGCUUGUGGAUUCGCUUCGGGUGAGAAGCUGAGAGAGAGGUUUUCAUCUCCUUUAUUAAAACACAAAGAAAUAAAAGGCAUUAUGACAGCUGAGACUCUGAACUUUGGCCCUGAGUGGCUGAGGGCUCUGUCCAGCGGGGGUUCUGUUAUUUCCCCACCACUCUCCCCAGCAUUGCCAAAGUACAAACUUGCAGAUUAUCGGUACGGCCGGGAAGAGAUGCUUGCACUUUAUGUAAAGGAAAAUAAGGUCCCUUCAGAUCUCAUGGACAAAGAGUUUCAGCCUAUUUUGAAAGAGGACCCCCUACUACCAUUGGCACUUGUUCCAUUCACUGAGGAAGAGCAGAGAAACUUCUCAAUGUCUGUUAACAGUACUGCUGUGCUGCGCCUCAUGGGGAGGGGCACUGGUGUUGGAGGAGGGACAGUAGUAGGGGUUCCUAGAGGUCGCAGUUCUUCCAGAGGUCGAGGCAGAGGAAGAGGAGAAGGUGGUUUCUACCAAAGAAGUUUUGAUGAAGUUGAGAGUGGGUUUGGUCGAGGAGUCCGAGAGAUGCAUCGGUCACAAAGUUGGGAAGAAAGAGGAGAUCGGCGAUUUGAAAAACCAACACGAAAAGAAGCAGUGCGGCCUGCAUUCGAAGAAGGAGGUGCUGCACCCACUGUGAGAACGCAUGAGUUUGUCCGCCCCGAAAGUGGAAAUUGGCGCAGCUUGCGGGAAGAAUUAAAUGGUGAAGAAGAAGAAGGUGGAGGUGUUUGGAGGACAGCAGCACCCAGAAGAGAAGGAGAGAGAUGGCGCUCUCAUAGUCCUGAUGGAGUUCGGGGUCCUGGCUGGAGAGAACAUCCAGAUCGGCGUAGGCGGUUUGAGUUUGACUUCCGAGAACGAGAUGAUGAACGCGGUUACCGAAGGACGCGCAGUGGCUCAGGAAGUGCAGAAGAUGAAAGGGACAGCUUGCCAGAAUGGUGCCUGGAAGAUGCUGAAGAUGAGACGGGCACUUUUGACUCCUCGGGGGCAUUCCUACCUUCCAAGAAGGUGCAGAAGGAGCCAAUCCCUGAGGAGCAGGAGCUGGAUUUCCGUCCCUCUGUGGCAGGGGAGGAGCAUUCUAACUCUGACGGCAGCAUCGCAGAGGAGGCCAGUGAGGCUGACUCAGGCCUAACCAGAGUAGAAGCAAAAGAGUGCAGAAAGGAAAGCCUUGAAGACAGGCAAAUGGCCACAACUCCUGAAUCCACGCAACGGAUACGGUCUCCAGUCAUGAAGACGAAUCUUGGUGAUGAACCAUCUGUCCAAAAAAAUACUGAUCCCCCAGUGUCCAGUAACCCUAAGCAGGAAGUCAGAAUCCAAACACCUCCAAAACCACCAACCCCACCAAACCACAAAGAAGAUUCCACGUCACAUGGUUCCAGAGGCUCCUAUGAAUCAACAGCUCCUUGUAUACCUCAAUCCAUAUCUCCUGCAUUUAGCCAAAGUACUGCUGUUCGACAAGUAAAAGAUCCUCAUAAAGCAGUUCAUUCCGCAAAUCCUGCUACUCUUAAGAUAGACCGCACCUCAGGGUCAAGCCAUCCCUCAGUAAAUGCUGCACCUGGAAUGGGUCUUCUUUCCGAACCUGAUGAAGAGGCUAGACUAGAACAUCUGGAGCAGCAAGCACAGAAAAUGGUGGCGUACCUGCAGGACGGGGCGCUUGAUGAUGACAGAUUAACAGGGAAAGUGCCAGAUCACAGAGUGAAAGGACCACCUCCAGAUAACCAGCAGAAGUGGUACUACAAAGAUCCACAGGGAGAGAUUCAGGGUCCCUUUAGUAAUCGAGAGAUGGGCGAAUGGUAUCAAGCUGGAUACUUUCCCGUGACUUUGUUGUUGCGGAGAGUAUGUGAUGAAACCUUCCAGCCACUCUGUGACGUUAUUAAAUUAUGGGGCAGAGUUCCAUUCAUCACACCUCCAACACCCAGACUAGGAGAAUUGGGUCCUGAGCAUAUCGGCCGCCACCAAGAGAUGACAACCCUAUACCAGAUACAACAGCUGCACUACCAGCAGUUUCUAAUACAACAGCAAUAUGCCCAGAUGAUGGCACAGCAGCAGAAAACGGCUCUUUCGUCGCAGCAGCAGCAACAGCUGGCUCUACUCUUGCAGCAGUUCCAGGCUCUAAAGAUGAGAAUAUCUGAACAGACAGUUAUUCCUGCAUUGUCAAGAGCUAUUUCUGUGCCAGAUAACACGCCUUUAUGGGAACUUCAGACAGCUGCUCCUCCACCCACACUGUGGGAGGGAAGCAGUGUGUGGGACCUGCCUGUAGAGCCGGCAUCUCAGGGAGCAUCAAGAGAGCAGCUGGAACAGAUGGAAAAAGCAAAAGCUGCCAAGAUUGAGCAGGAGAGAAGGGAAGCAGAAUUGAGGGCCAAGCAAGAAGAGGAGGAGCGUCGACGACUUGAAGAGGAGGAGAGGAAAAGAAAAGAAGAGCUGGAGCUGGCACAUCGAAAACAGGAAGAAGCUCUGCGGCGACAGAAGGAACAAGAACUGGCACUUAGGAGGCAGAUAGAGGAAGAAGAGCGAAAAAGAGAGGAAGAAAAAAGGCUGCUUGAAGAGAGGAGAAGACAGGAGGAGGAGAGAAGGCGACAAGAAGAAGAAAGGCGGAGACUUGAGGAAGAAAGGAAAAGGGCAGAAGAUGAAAGGCGAAAAAAGGAGGAAGAAAGGAAACGAGAGGAGGAGGAAAGAAGGCAAAGGGAAGAGCUUCAAAGGAAGCAACAGGAGGAGGCAGCUAGAUGGGCUCGUGAAGAGCAAGAGGCAGCACAACGAUUGCUGGAAGAGGCAAAACAGCAGCAGGAAGAAGAAGAACGCAAGAAGCGGGAAGAAGCUCAAAGACAAAAAGAACUUCAGAGACAGAGGCAGCAGCAACAGGAAGCACUUAGACGAUUGCAGCAGCAACAUCAGCAGCAGCAACUGGCACAGAUGAAGCUACCUUCUUCAUCCACAUGGGGGCAGCAGGUGAAUUCAUUAGGAUCAUCUCAGUCGGCAUCAUCUUUGGCGGAGAUACAGAAACUUGAGGAGGAGAGGGAACGACAGAACCAAGAAGAGCAGCUUCGACGGCAGCAGCAGGAGAUAAAGUGUAUGCAGCAGCUGCAGCUACAACAGCAGCAGCAGCAAAAACUCUCUGGCUGGGCCAAUGUAGGAAAGUCUACUGGCAAUACAAAGUCUCUUCUGGAGAUUCAGCAAGAAGAAGCCAGGCAAAUGCAAACAAUACAGCAACAGGCUGGUCGUGGCCGACCACCUAACAUUACACUUCCAACUACUCCUUCCCCUCCUCAACCACAACCACAGAGCACUAGCACCUCUGCAAGCUCUGUGUGGGGUAAUCUGAACAAUAAUGUAAGCCCCCAAUGGUCAUCCGAAUCAAUAAGUAGUAUAUGGAAUAGUCCAGAAAACAAAAGCUCUAGUGGUGGCUUCUGGGAUGAUGCAGUAAAAGUGGUGGCACCUCGAAACCCCACCAACAAGAACAAGAACAAUGCCAGUAAGUCUUCGGGGGUGAACAGCAGACAGAAUAAGAAGGUUGAGCAAGAAGAAAAGCUUGUAAGACUGUUCCAAGGAGCAACAAAGAGUGCUGAUAGCUUCACCCAGUGGUGUGAGCAGACACUGCAUGCACUCAGCACUGCCCACAACCUGGAUGUGCACACAUUUGUGUCUUUCCUGCGCGAGGUGGAGUCUCCCUAUGAGGUCCAUGACUAUGUCUGUGAAUAUCUUGGCGACACCCCAGAAGCAAAGGAUUUCUCCAAGCAGUUUCUGGAGCGCCGAAAUAAGCCGAAAACGACAAUACAAAAGCCACAGCAGGAAUCUGGAUGGGGUAUGUACCCAACAAUUCAAAACUCACAGCCGGCAACACUAGAAAUUGCACAAAGCGCUGGACGCAAGAAAAAAAAACAGAAGAUGGUUCGUGCAGAUCCAAGUCUUCUAGGGUUUUCUGUUAACGCUUCCUCUGAGAGGUUGAACAUGGGCGAGAUAGAGACUCCGCAGGACUAUUGAUCAACGUGGUGGGGUAGGGGUAACCUGUCUCACUCCCCUACCUCAAUGAGAGGAGGUAGCCGAACUUUUGACUCCACCCACCCCAAAAACACACUCCGGUGCCCUGCUCAGGUCAUCACAGGGCUACCUCCCACAGUGCUUUGCAGAGCAGGACAAGUGUUGAGCAUGCUUCACCCUCCACUCACCUAGGCAUCCUCCUGGGCAAUGUGGUGAAGGCACUCUGGGUGGGUAGAGAGUGAGUUAUGGGGAACAUUACCCUUCUCUUAUUGCAGUACUGUCCGGUCUCGUUUCAGAGACUUGUACAGUCUGUUACCUUUCCCACCGUUAUUAGGUGGGGAGAGGAGGCUUUUGGUUUGAACUUUGCACCUCCCCUCACUGCUUCGUUGGGGUUGAGCUCUGUGGAUUUUCUAUAAGGCAUCCUAAAUCUGUGUGGAGCUUUUGAAGUUUGUGCAGUGUAUAAGUGGCCUUCUGCACUUCUGGAGUGAAAAUAUGGAGGUAAGAAUGGCGUUGCUCCCCUCUGUCCACACCUUGCACUUUAUCGUGUGCAUCUAAUUAACUGUGUUUUUUUUUUUUUUAUAUAUAUAUAUAUAUAAUAGUUUCAGGGGGGAGCAACAUUUAAAGCCCAACGCAAAAAAAAAAAAAAAAUAUUCCCCUCCCGGUCUUGUGCAGUGGACUGUUCCUGAAGUCGUCAUGCCUAUAGACCUGCUCUGGAUACGAGAACAUCAGGAACAGUACAUCACUGGAUCAUGGGUGGAGUGCCGUUUGCAGGUGGAACGGAGGAUCGGUCGAGUAUAAGCUUUCUCCAGUCACCACUGUAUGGGAAAACUUUUUUUUUUUUUUUUUCGCCCGUGGUUGGGCUUUAAUUCAGCUGAUUCUGACUUGUACAGAUCACUCUACAGUUUGAUCCAAAAAAAAAAACACAAAAUCAGUUGGUGCUGUUGGUUGAGUUUUUAAGACCUGCUCAGCCUAGUUAAUGCAUAUUUACGUAAAGUGCAGACAUGGUGAGGAUCAGAAGUGACACACAGUUUACACCACUCCCAGAACACUGUCAAAUUUUGCCCCCAUGUGCAGUGAUUUGGGGGGAUGCCAGGUUUGACCUCAAUAAAGCACUGGUUGUAUUAUAACAUAUUUCUGAUUUGGAUGCCUUAUUGCUUGGUGAAUGUCGGUGCGAACCAUAGAAGCUUCAGUUUGUCUGCCACAGUCUUCCUCCAUUAUCUGAGAAAUGCCAGCAUAUGGACAAUCGAGCACUGGGGCAGCUGCCACCAAAAAAAAACAAAAAACCUUUAGUUCAUGCUCCCUGCCAACACUCAACUGAACAAUCUGUGUUCUCGAACAGAUCUGACCUAUAUCAUCAAGACUACUAGCCUUUCGCUGAAGGCAGAAGAUGUGGCUCAGGAGUGCUAAUGUGGGAGUGGAAAAUUAAAAUAUAACGUGGGAUUAUACUUUAUAUUAUAGGUCGUUACAUGAACAAAAGUCCCAGAGACACAGUUGUAUUAAAGCCUAAUUUAUUUUA